UAACAACAUCUAGGGAGUUUGUGUACUGAACAACAAUAAGUGGUAGGAUUAGAUCGCAGUUUCUCACUGUACAGGCUGGAAGCGAGAAGAACAUACAGAAAUUCCAUCAAAACCUUUCGUAGAAUCUGAAGCGACCAUGACAGAACCAACGGUUUACCCUCCAACGUUGACUGAGCUGAGAGCCUUGUCUGAACAAGAAAAUUUAGAAUGCACGGAAAAGGAACUCGUCACUGUACAAGAGUGUUUCUCCUACACGAUGAAUGCGUAUGCUGCCAUAGAGGAGAUUCCCGAGCCUCGUCUUGAAGUAAAAUAUCCUCGAACCGCCGGCCCUCUGCCGACAGGGGAAGACAACCCAUACAACGCAUGGUUUGCCAAGUGUGACGUACAGAGUGCGGAGUCUGGUGAUCUGAAAGACAAGGCUAUUGGUAUAUCCGAGAACAUCGCUCUGGCUGAGAUCGCGAUGAGUCCAUCAGUUCUGCUGGGAGGCUACAUCCCGGAGUACGAUGCCACGGUUGUCACCAGAAUUCUCAGUGAAGGUGGUAACAUCACCGGAAAGACCGCCAACAGCUCUACCAGUGGCAGUGGGUUUGUUGAAAACCCGCAUGAUAAAGCCCGUUUGGCCGGAACCGCUGAUUCAGGUGGUGCUGCAUUGGUGUCUGGUGGUCAGCUUGACAUGGCUGUGGGACUAGACCACGGAGGGUCACUUCGUAUUGCCUCCAGCUGGACGGGGGUUAUCGGACUUAAACCUACCUAUGGUCUUGUCCCUUACACAGGGAUCAUAGCGUCCGAGGUGACGUUAGACCACGUGGGACCCAUGGCCAAAACAGUCCACGAUUGUGCAACUCUUCUCCAGGUUCUCUCUGGGACAGACAACGACCUUGACCCACGCCAACCAACAACGCUGGAGUCCAUUAACUUCCCUGGAAAGUUGGAGGAGUCUGUUGAUGAAUGCCGUAUUGGGCUGCUGGAAGAAGGCUUUGGCCUUGCAGAUGAGGAGGUGGCCAAAAUAGUCAAGAAAGCUGCCAUGAAACUGAAAACAAAAACCGCCGAGAUUGACAGUGUUUCAGUUCCCGAUCACUUGCAUGGUCGAGCUAUCUGGGGCAGUAUAUUCCUGCAAGGAUCAGUGAAGACACUGACCGAAGGGAAAGGUAUAGGAGAUGGCUUCAAGGGCUAUUACCCUGGCAGUCUCCACGAUGCUCUGACUGCAACACUGGGGAAGGAAUCCAAUAAGCUGUCUUCCAUGUCCAAGGCUGUGUAUCUCACUGCCAAGUAUGUCAACCAGGAGACCAGCAACAAGUUCUACUGCAAGGCCCAGAAUCUCAGUCUGAAGCUGAAGGCAGCGUAUGACAAAGCCUUGGAGAAGUAUGACGUGCUUGUCAUGCCUACUGUACCCUUCAUUGCACCCACAUACACCAGUCAGAGCAAUAUGACAUCAGGUGACUAUUUCAACGGCAUGGAGAUGGUGAGCAACACUUCUCCUUUCAACUGCACUGGUCAUCCAGCUCUCACUAUCAACGCUGGGAGUAUUGACGGCCUGCCGGUUGGCAUGAUGCUGGUUGGCCGCCAUUUUGAUGAAGAGCUGUUGCUGCGGAUCGCAAAGACGUUCGAGGGGGUACGAGAUCAGAAAGAAGAAGACAUGGAAAUAGCACCCAAUGAGGCUUAGGCACUGAUGUCGAUACUCGUGUUCGUAACAACAGGCUACAGAUGUUGAUGUCAAUUUUGAAAGUCACCAGUUAAAACUGGACAAAGCACAAACAUUGGUUUAAAGGACUCAUCGUAUUGCCUCAAGACAUUCCGUUCUUGUCAUGCAUUUUGUCAUAUACAGAAUGUCUGUUUCAACUUAGUGCACCUUUAUAUAUAUUGUUAUGGAAAUGUUACUUUACAAUAUCGAAUACAUGAAAUUUAAUUAACUUGGCCCAAUCAGAGAAGUAUUGCAUCUGAAUUAUCAGACUUUCGUAAAGAAACAGACAGAAGGUGAACACCGUAAGAUAAAAAUAUUAGCUAAACACAACAAGGGUGUAAUCAUGGUUCGUGAAAAUAACAUGUCUUCACAUUCAACAGCAAAAUACGUUUCUGUUCGUAAAUACAGAAAAAUACAAGAAAACUCUUAACCUAUUGAUGAUCUCUGCAUAAAUAUACUUGUUUUGUAUUGAUAUUUUGACAGCAUGAUUCGUUCGAU